UGUUUGUUGAAGGGGCGGAAGUAGGGUUUGCUGAGUGCACACUGAUAAUUGGAGGAUAGAUGUAUAAAGAGUUAUGAGAUUUUCUGUUGUACAUAGUGUUAACGGUCGGGUUAUCUGCAAUUGUGGAAUUCGAGCAAUUCUGUUUUAUUUGAGAGGGUAAGAUGCCAUCAUCUUAUUUUAAGAAGCUGAACCCUGAGCUGCGGUCUGGUAUCCGGAGACUGAUUGUAGGGCAACAAGUAGAGCUCCAAAGCUCUGUGGAAGUUCUUCUUGGGCAAGGAAAAUCGUUGUUUACGAAUUCUGGGUUGUCUCUUGUCAGACCAAUUUCAUCCAUUGGUGAGGCGCUUUUAUACUUGAGACCUGAUGUGAUUUCUGCUGUGCGGUCAGAUCCUAAAAUAGUUAACAAACGGAGGAAUUUGUCAGUUGUUGGGGCAGUGUCACGCACAUUUUCUAUUCCUUCGGUGUCUGGACCAUCUUGUCAGGUUUGUGAGUACCAUAUCGAUCGCCUCUUAUCAGACUCUACCCCAGUUUUGCUAAGCAGUCCGGUUCGGCGGACACUGAUGGCUGCCUAUGGUUCUGGAUCUUUAUUGGGUCAGCACUUCCUGGAUAACAUAACAUCAAGGAAUGAUCAUCUCUCAAACUCCAUUAAAGGAGCUGGCGUUUCUUACUGCAAUAAAAGUCUUGACUGUUGUAGAAAAGCUACCAUGAGUUUGAGAAACCGAGAACCAUCCAACAAUAAUAUGAUAUAUGGCUAUUUCAUUUUUGACGUGGCAAGGAGCUGCUGCUCCAAUCCAUUAAUGAGUCCAGGAACAGAAAAAUUUUAUAGUUCAUCUUCCGCAUGUUACUCUACUGGGGCUGCUUCUGAAGUAUCAUUUGAUGGCUCAGCUCGUGAAGAACAGCUUCCUAGUUCUGUGGUUUCACCUGAUCAGAAAAAUCUAGGUGACAGAACCCUGAAGUUGCUUUCAGGAUCAUGUUAUCUACCCCAUCCUGACAAGGAAGAAACUGGUGGGGAGGAUGCUCAUUUCAUUUGCGUAGAUGAGCAAGCCAUAGGUGUAGCAGAUGGUGUUGGUGGCUGGGCAGAUCUUGGUGUUGAUGCAGGACAAUAUGCCAGGGAACUCAUGUUUAAUUCAGUUAAUGCAAUUCAAGAAGAGCCUAAAGGCUCCAUUGACUCUGCAAGGGUUUUGGAGAAAGCUCACUUAAGCACAAAAGCCAAAGGAUCGUCAACUGCAUGCAUUAUAGCACUCACAGAUCAGGGUCUGCACGCCAUUAACCUUGGGGACAGUGGCUUUAUAGUAGUAAGGGAUGGAUGCACUGUCUUCCGUUCUCCCGUACAGCAGCAUGGGUUCAAUUUCACAUAUCAACUAGAGAGCGGAAAUGGGGGUGAUUUACCUAGCUCUGGUCAGAUCUUUACGAUCCCUGUAGCACCGGGAGAUGUGGUGAUAGCAGGCACUGAUGGACUGUUCGACAACUUGUACAACAAUGAAGUGACUGCGGUGGUGGUCCAUGCCAUGAGGGCUGGGUUGGAGCCUCAUGCGACAGCUCAGAAAAUAGCAGCCUUGGCACGCCAACGAGCCCAGGAUAGGGACAGGCAGACACCCUUCUCUACGGCAGCCCAAGAUGCUGGAUUUCGCUAUUAUGGUGGUAAGCUUGAUGACAUCACUGUUGUGGUGUCCUACAUCACCAGCUCCAUUUCUACCUCUGCCUCUACUAGUACAUGAGGUGAGAGCUUUCUUCUUCCCUUCCACACACUUCUUCCUCUCGUCUUGUGCUUCAUAUGUACCUUUUCCUUUUGUAAAUU